AGAGCCUCAUUGUUGUUUACAGUUAGAGCUCGAGUCCAGAGAUUAUGGCAGAAACCGCUCCAGCAGCUACCGCCACCAAAGCGGCCAAGAAGAAAUCAGCAGUUAAACGCAAGAGAACGGGUCCGAGCGUCGGCGAGCUCAUCGUCAAGGCUGUGUCCGCAUCUAAGGAGAGGAGCGGUGUGUCUCUCGCCUCCCUGAAGAAAGCGCUCGCUGCCGGUGGCUACGAUGUGGAGAAGAAUAACUCCCGCGUCAAGAUCGCCGUUAAGAGUCUGGUGACUAAAGGCAUCCUGGUCCAGACCAAAGGAAUCGGCGCCUCCGGUUCGUUCAAGCUCAACAAGAAACAAGCCGAGACCAAGACAAAACCCGCCAAGAAAGCCGCUCCUAAAGCCAAGAAGCCCGCAGCAAAGAAGCCCGCAGCCAAGAAACCUGCCGCCGCUAAGAAGCCCAAAGCUGCAACCGCAAAGAAGCCCGCCGCUAAGAAAUCCCCGAAGAAGGCCAAGAAACCCGCUGUUAAAAAGGCGACGAAGAGCCCCAAGAAAGCAAAGAAACCAGCGACUCCUAAGAAAGCAGCCAAGAGCCCUAAAAAGGCCAAAGUAGCCAAACCCAAAACGGCGAAACCCAAAGCUGCCAAGCCUAAAAAGACAGCAGCCAAAAAGAAAUAAACUGCGUCUUUUCUGACGCUUUAUCAAAACGGCUCUUUUAAGAGCCACCCACUAAUUCAAAGUCGAGAGCAUUUAUUUCCUCGCUUAUCUGCCCAGUAGCAUGUCCUUGCAUAAUUUGGACAUUAUUGAUAAAAGAAUUGAAGUACUGCUUCAAGUUAAACUUUAAACUAUCAUUAUCUUUCUUAAACCCAGACAAUUAAGCGAACAGGAUUAUUCGUGUAGCA